AUGGAUCAAUUUUAUCUAUCCUGGCACCCACCAUCAUCAUCAUCAUCAUCAUCAACAUCAUCAUUCUUUUUCUUCUUUUUAUUGUUAUUAUUAUUUUCAUCGUCAUCAUGGUUUCUUUCAAAUUUUUCCAACAAACACACCAGUACCCUAACCCCAAUGCAUCUUAGGAAGGCCAAGCUCAUGUUCUUUUACGUCAGGUAUCCAAGUUCUGCUAUACUUAAAAUCUACUUCCCCGACGUUCGUUUCAACAAGAACAACACCGCUCAACUCGUGAAGUGGUUCAGUAAUUUCAGGUCAGUAAUUUUAUUAUUAUUAUUAAUAAUAAUAAUUAUUAUUAUUAUUAUUAUUAUUGUUAUUAUUAUUAUUAUUGGUCCACAACAGCAUCAUCAUCAUCUCCAUCUUAGUCAUCGUCAUCAUCACAUUGAUGUUCCAGAAAACUUCCGUUUUGUGGUGCAGGCCACCUUGAGAGAAUUCUACCUAAGCAUUGCAGCGGAAAAGGAUCAGGAGCAAUCCUGGAAGAAGAGCAUCUACAAAAUCAUCGCAAGGAUGGAUGACGUAGUUCCGGAAUACUUCAAAUCGCCUAACUGGGUGGAACAGCUGGCCGAUCAGUGA